AGCUCGGAUUCAAGAACUGAAAACUCACGGAGUAGGAUAAUACCUCAAUGCGUAACCUUGUUCUGCACAAAUGGAUUUUUCUUGUAUCUGCUCAGUAUCAUUUUCUGGUCUCUUGGGGAAGCAGCCUGUAUGGUUCAUUUACCAAAUUUUGCUGAAUUGAGAGGCAGUACACCCGCACAGUCUGCAAGUUUGUUCACUGUCAUGGGUGUGCCUGCGCUUUGUUCCGGACUGCUGGCUGGUUUUGCCUCUUCUGAUCCAGCUAUUGGAAACAUUAUCCUUCACGUUGGACUACAAGGAAUGACAGGAGUAUCCCUUCUGUUACUCCCCGUGCUGUCACAUACGUACAGUCUCCAAAUGAUUUUCAGUGCCCUGUAUGGUACAUACAGUCAGGGACCUUUUACAUUGGUUAGUCCUAUAUGCAUUGAGCUGAUAGGCCGAUCCAAAUUGGCAGUUGGCUAUGGUAUAUGUUCCUUUUCCUUUGGACUCGGCUACAUGGUUGGACCACCUAUUGCAAGCCUUAUCUAUGAAAGUACUGGAGUGUAUGACUUCACGUUUCUUUUCUCAGGUGCCUGCUUCAUCACUAGUGCCAUCCUCGCCUUGUGUAUUCCACUGGCCAAGAAGUCAACAUAAAUGGACAUUUAAAUCAGCUCCAAUGCUUACCUUCUCAUGCAUAGUUACAAAUUCUGCUUAAGAAUGCAAGGCUUUAAAUUGAGCCGACCAGGCAGAGAACAUAUAUGUGACCUGCGGUUAAUUCCUAAAUAAACUAAGCUUUCAGUUCCUGAA